ACGCCACCUCACUACGUCGUAGUCGUGUGAGUGUGAUCGAACGAAUUGAACGCAUCGAACCCAUGGUGGAAAGUAGAUAUACAACCACAAUUGUUUCUUUUUCUAUCCACUAUCUUCAUUUUGUGAUUGUCGAUGUAAACUUUUCCACGUUUUCUUCAUUUAAAAAAUCUCCGAUUCACUGGAAACAUAAAUUCGGUCAUAAAUAUAAAUAGUUAAUGGAACUAUAAAUUCAAUUGUAAAUGUAAAUGGUGACUAAAGUGUUAAUGAUCGAUCAACGAUCGAUCUAUCAGAUGAUUUUGACACAAUCUAUUCACAGUGAGCAACGAAGAACCGUGACAAGAUCAAUUAUUAUUUCUCUCUACCUUAUCGUCUCGACUUCGUGAGUCAUAAUUGUGGUAAUGACAUUUGUGUCACACGCGGCAUACACUCUACAUUACACCUGCUAAACGCUUUCUCAAGGUCCCUGUAUUUAUAUGUAUGCAUCUUGAGACAACUUCAUUUAAUGCGCCUACACAUUAUCGAUGGUUGUACAUUUCUUCAUUCAGUUCCUUAGAGAAUAUCUCGUUCACUAGAUUCAAUUCGAUCGCAUCACAGCUUUAUUUACACUGGACUGGACCAUUUUCAUUCGCUUUAUCCCUCUCCCAACGAUACACGAUGCUAUCGUCUCGUUAAUGAAAUAGAAGGAUUUAGAGCUGUGUUUAACAUUCAAGGUUAAUUAAGAUAUUGGACAAAAUCAGAAUAUUGUUAAAAUGAUGGACAUUGAUCCACCACAGUUUGUGUCUAAAGAUGAUGAAGUUCAAUAUUGGAUGGAACUUGCUCACCAGAUACAUAGAAGGAAAGAAGAUAUAGAAAGAGAGUUGGAGGAAUUUCAAGAAAAUUCACAGCUCUUGGAGAAAGAACUGGAAGCAUCCUUAGAACAAGCAGAAAAGAAUAACAGGGAAUUACGACAACGAAACACAAGACUAGCCACUGAAGUUGAACAAUUAAGAACAAGAUUAGAUCAACAAACAGCAGACUGUGCAAUGUUUCAAGGGAAAGCUCAGGACUUACAGACUCAACAUGACCAUUUAUUAAAGUACAUAAGGGAAUUAGAACAAAAAAAUGACGACUUGGAAAGAGCUCAUAGAAUAAAUAGGGUAACAGAGGAGGAGAUAGAAGCCAAACUUAAUUCUGCCAUUGAAAAGAAUGCUUUGUUAGAAUCAGAACUUGACGAAAAGGAAGCUCUAAAAGUUAUAGUACAGAGAUUAAUGGAUGAAAUUAGAGAUUUAAAACAGGAAAUCCAAGUUCAAGAAAGGCAUCAACCAGACAAUGAUAAGUCAGCUGAUAGAGUUCGUAAUCAUGUUGAUAGUAAUAAACUUCAAGUCGAAUUGGAAACACAUAUGUCGCCUAGUAGCCCAAUAGUACCACAAUCUAUACCUUCAAAUAAUACAGCAACUUCGCCAUUAAAAAUUGGAAACAGAGUUGUAGGUGGUGUAACUGGAAACAACAAUAAUAAUAAUAAUAAUAAUAAUAAUAACGUGAAUUCGCCAUUGGCACCCUGCACAAGAAUAUUAGCAAUGAAUAUGAUUGGUGACCUUAUGAGAAAAGUUGGUGCGUUGGAGAAUAAGUUAAAUACAUGUCAAAAUCCAUCUCGAGAGGAUCAAGCCGUUCGUGAUCUUUACAGGACUAGACGGCAAGUUCGAGGUUUUGCCUCUGGCAACAGCAACCACAUUCGAUUAUAAACAACGGAUAAUAUUCCAAUAAUAAAUUUAUGCAUUAUAUUCGUAUGACUACUAAUUCGUGUUAUUUUAAUUUUAAAAAAUCUCACUCGUUAAUUUAUUACAAAUUUCUAUAAGAUACAAGGAAAACUAUUUAAUUUAAUUAUUUAAUUGCCUUUUACAUGAAGUUUGCAAUUUUUGAGGAUUACUUGUCUCUUUUUCAUCACGGUUCAGAAGUAUACUUGGUAAUAUUUUAUAGAGGAAAUUCGUAAAUAAACAUUCGAGAUUGUAAGUAUUAAUAUCAUAAUUUAAUAAAAUUCAUCAUUGUGAUAAGUGAUAAUUCUAGAUAAUUAUUACCAUUACGUUGUGUAGAUAUUCACAAAUAAUAUUAAGGGAGAACACCAGUUAUCUUUCAGAUAAAAUUUUGCAAUUUGGAAAAGAUUUUUAUCAAAAGAUUAUCAUAUCGUAAAAUUUAUAUUUGUUUUUUUAUUACUUCACAAACAGACUAUAAGAAAUUUUAGUUUGAAAAAUUCUUUUUGUCAGAAUUACUAACAUUUCAUCAUAACAGUAACCAGAAGAAACUACCUGCUCUGUAUAUUGUGUAUUUUUAGAAGAUCCAUUAUUUUUGUUAUUAUGUAUUUUGUAUUAUUAUGUUUACAUAUUUGUAUUCUGCCAAUGCCUUCAACUUAUGUCUGAAUAUGUGUUUUUUAUGAAAAUAUUUAAAUUUUCCAAUUAUGCAACUUUCUUAAAUGUAAUUUGUUCCUUUUAUCAUAAAAAUAAUGUUCUAGUUAUUGAAAAAAGAUUAUAUUUAUAAAAUUUUAUCUGAAAAAUAACUGGCAAUCAAAUUUUGCCUAAGUAUUUUCCUUUAAAUAAACAAUUUGUGAGCUCUAGUUUUGAAUGUAUAGUUUCUAGCACAAUUAAAACUUCAGCUAUGUUAGAAAUGAUAUUAUAACACUAGUGCAAAAUUUAGCUUUUAUAGGAAGUUAGAUAUUUAUAUAUAUAUAUAUAUUUAGGUACUUAUAUACAUAUGUCUAUUUUUUAAUAACAAAAAGAUAUCCUCUUAUGUCGUAAAAUAAUUCAAUUUUAUACUUUAAAAUGUGUAAAAGCUAUUUAAUUAUUUAUUUCUGUAUAAUUGUGUGCUUUAAGCCACUGUAUAAUUAUAAAUAGCUUCAAGUUCUAAGAUAUUUGUAUGAAGUAGAAUCAUACUAAUACAACUAAAAAUUUAACGCAUUCGAUUAUACUAUCGGGUGAAUCGAAAAUUAUUAAUUUGUAGGUUUCGCUUAAUAUAUAAAAUAAAAAUUGAAAAAUGGAAAAUUAUAUUGAAAUACAACAAAUAUUACCAAUUUGCGCUAAUUAACUGGGAAGUGAACUUUCGAAUGAGAAAUUGUAACAAAUUACGCAAUAUUUGUAACAUAAAUUUGUAAAAGUAUAAAAUGAAAUAUUUGUAAAAUAAAAAUAUUGUGAACUAUCUCUCAA